AGUGGGGAGGGAGUAGGGCGGGAGUGAGUGAGUGCCACGUCCCCGUGCGCGGGGCUUUGUGCGGGGAACAGCGCCGCCGCUGCUCGCCCCGAGCCAUGGGCUCCUCGCAGAGCGUCGAGAUCCCCGGAGGGGGCACCGAGGGCUACCACGUCCUGCGGGUACAAGAAAACUCUCCCGGACAUAGAGCUGGAUUGGAGCCAUUCUUUGAUUUUAUCGUGUCCAUUAAUGGUUCAAGACUGAAUAAAGACAAUGAUACUCUCAAGGACCUCUUGAAAGCAAAUGUUGAAAAGCCUGUAAAAAUGCUGGUGUAUAGUAGCAAAACACUGGAGCUGAGGGAAACAUCAGUGACCCCCAGCAACAUGUGGGGUGGACAGGGCCUGUUGGGCGUGAGCAUUCGUUUCUGCAGCUUUGAUGGGGCCAAUGAGAACGUAUGGCAUGUUUUGGAAGUGGAACCUAAUUCUCCUGCUGCAUUAGCUGGACUUAGACCUCAUAGUGACUAUAUCAUUGGAGCAGAUACAGUCAUGAAUGAGUCUGAAGAUCUCUUUUCCCUUAUUGAAACACAUGAAGCAAAGCCAUUAAAACUUUACGUGUACAACACAGACACCGAUAAUUGUCGGGAGGUGGUGAUUACUCCGAAUUCUGCUUGGGGUGGAGAAGGCAGCCUAGGCUGUGGCAUUGGUUAUGGAUAUUUACAUAGGAUACCUACACGCCCAUUUGAAGAGGGAAAGAAAAUUUCUCUCCCAGGACAGUUGCCUAGUGCAUCUCUCAGUCCUCUCAAAGAUGGCUUCACAGAGGUUCAACUGUCAUCAGUUAAUCCCACAGCCACAUUACCCCCUGGGUCAGCAGGACUUGAACAGAGUCUUUCAGGACUUUCUAUUAGUUCACCCUCAACUACUGUCAGUAACGUUCUCAGUACAGGUGUUCCAACAGUUCCAUUAUUACCACCACAAGUCAGUCAGUCCCUCACCUCUGUGCCACCGGUUAACCCAGCAACAACAUUACCAGGUCUGAUGCCAUUACCAGCAGGACUUCCCAACCUGACUGAUCUGUCCAAACUUAAUUUACCUGCACCACACAUUGUCCCAGAAAUCGUGCAGCCCGGUAUGCCAUCCAUUCCUUCCUUGUUGCCGUUGAAUAUAAUGGGAAUAACAACUCUAUCAAUGCCACCCAAAUGUGUUCCUCUGCUUCCUUUGGUCACAGAGGCAUCUACAGUGCCUACAGAUUUGAUUCCCUCCAUUACUCAAGCCGUAAGCGUUCCCAUCAACCCUGCCACUACUGUAAAUGUAGAACAGACCUCGACGCUCACCUUGGAUAGUGCUACCCCAACUUCUACAGCAACUGUUGUUGACAGAUCAAGUGAAUCCUCCACAGUGAAUGAGAAAACAUCUGGAGUCACAGAUGCACAAGCUUCUGAAUCAUAACUCCAGGUCACUCUGUUGGAGUGGCUUGGUAUUUAUGUAGCCAUUGGAUACAUAUUUGAAGAGCAACCUAUCAUUAAUUUCAUACUAGUUUGUACUUAAUCUUAGGAGUCCUGUAAAUAAUAUGGAGGUAUAAUAAAAGGGGUUUAUAAAGUGUGUGUGGUGGGAGGGGAGGAAGAGUACUUGUAUGUAACCAAAAACCAAGUCAAGGUGGUACAUAGAAUUCCACUGCCAAACUUGGAGGUAUAUGUUUUUUAAUAUAGGCUGAUGGCUUUAGCCUGCUAGGCCUGUCCUUGCUUGUAAUUAGAAUUUGCUUCGGAUAGAAAUGAAGCGGUUCUUGCGUGUGACAUUUACCUACCAUACUUCUUGAUCUUUGCAAGUAUCUUGUUACUACAGUGGGGAUGAGAAUGUUUAGUCCGAGUUGUAUAUUUUAACAUCGCAAAACUUCCACCUAAAGAUAUUUCUAUUAAAGUUGCUGAGUGACCUAUUAACGGGCAUCUCGUUAUUCAGCUUGUACACAGAUCUUUGUUUUUAAGCUCUUGAGAGAUGCUCAAGCCAUGUUUUGUGACUGCUGCUGCAUUGUUUCCUAUGCCCGCUGUAAAAUGGCAUUUGGAAGGGAACACAGGAAAUGCUUAAUAUGGCACACAGUUUAGCACUUCAUGACUACUGUAAGACAAAUUAAUGGAUUAAGCAUACAUGCAGCAAUAAAUUCCUGGUAUUUUA